AUGUCUAAGCAAGAACCCCUCGACCAGAUCAAGUUCCUUGUGUCAUGCAUCGGACAUUCUAGCAACGGAAGACCCGACUUCCAGGCCGUCGCGGAUGAGCUGGACAUCGUCAGUAAGGCCGCUGCCCAGAAGCGAUACGAACGUAUGCUCAAGGCCCACGGCAUCUCUCGUCCUGGUGCCCUCGCCGUCAACAACGGCGAUGCUAGUGCCGAGACUCCUCCUGCCACCCCUACCAAGCGCAAGGCCAAGGGCGAGGCCGCCGGCAGCGCCAAAAAGCGAACUCCUCGUGCCAAGGCCAAGGCCAAGAAGGAGUCUUCUGAUGACGAAGAGCCUAAGCCUAAGGCCUCUGCCACUAAGCGCAAGGUCAAGAAGGAAGAGGAACACGAGGAAGAGAAGAAAGAAACUUCUGUCGAGGCCCCUGACUCUGUCUCUGACGCUCCCGCCUCUGAUGAGUCUUAA